AUGCUGGCUACUACCAUACACACCUGGUCGCCACAGGAUCUUACCAAAGACGUGGAUGGAUUCCAGCCAAUCCCCGACAAUGACUACGUCAAACAAUAUGAACGAAAUCCAGAGCUGUGGCCGGUGGAAUUUUUUCUCAUUGCCUAUCGUCGGACCCAAAGUGGAACAACAACGCAAGUACUGGUACGAGAAUCCGCCAAUGGAACGUCCAAAUGGGGAGUCGGGACCGGUGUUCCGGCAACGCGAUGGAUGCUGUCGUCGGCGCAACAGCCUCCCCGGGGGUAUCAAUGGUCGGAACCAACGUUUGAUGCCAGCAAUUAUCCCGAGUUUCCAACAACAACGAAGGGACAGGAAUCCUGGACGUAUCGAAAAAUUGACAUUCAAGAAAAUGCCUUUCAUGAUCCAAAUGCUCCCGAAGUCCAGGAUCCCGAACUCAGCGCAUACGCAACAAAGAUUUGGAAUGGUUUAACGACGAAAUUGGCAAAGCAAUUGGAAGACGAAGAGGGAGACUCUUGGGAAAAGUCCAGAAACUUGGUGGUCCAAAGUGUUUUGGAAAAAGACAAUUGCCUGGCUGCUAUUCAUGGCACACUUCGAAUGAGUGGUCUCUUUUCGCACAAAGACGACAAGGAUGAAAACAACCCUCAUCGUUACGUGAGCUUUGAUGACUCUAUGGCGGAUCCUAUCAAACUCGUCGAAUCCAUGCGAAUCUACACCAUGUUCCCACAAAUGCCAGAUCCCAUGCCACUGCCAGGAACUUCAGCAGAGGAACUGCAACAGGAGAUUGAAACUCGCGACGCCCGAAUGGCCGAGACUGGCAGAAAUCCUCACAAGGACCACCACGGGAGAAUCUACACCCACAAAUCCACUUCCAACGUGAGCAACACCAUUAUUGGAGUCUAUCUCACAUUGGACGCUACAGAUAUCCCCGGGCUGGAGGACGUUCCCGCGGUGGACUUGUUUGGGAGUCGGAAAAUCCAGCGGCAAUGGAUAUCCCUCCAAGAUCUCAAAGUGCUGGACGAAGAAAACAAAAUCAGCACAGACGACACCAAACCAACGUUUAUAUCUGGUUUUAUCGUCCGACAGCUAGUGAAGGAGGGGGUUAUUGUGUGA